AGCGCACCCGAAGCAGCUGUAGGGGCUUGUUGGAGCCUAUUUGUGACUUUCAAUCGACUUACGCUUUCCUUUGUAUUGCGAUUUUGCGUGUUUCAGAAAAUAUGUGCUUUACAGAGAUACCCAGAGACCUGGCUCGCGCGUUUAGAAUGGAUAAUAUCACCUUGGCCCUGCUACUACUCUGCUCCGUGACUCCUGUGGUGUUUCUCGCGAAGUUUCAGAGCUUACUCUACGUCUGCAUGCAGUCCCCGCAUCUGCAUGGCUGCGCGCAGGACAGAGCCAAUAAUUGAUCUGCAGAGCUGUCAUGGGAGCAGGGAGCAGGGCGCCGUGCGGGGUGGAGCUUUGACGAUUAUGCAUAGCGCGGGAUUG